GGAGGCCAAGAUACUUCCUUUUGAAGACAGAUGGCUCAUUCAUAGGAUAUAAGGAGAAACCUCAAGAUGUGGAUUUACCUUAUCCCCUUAACAACUUUUCAGUGGCAAAAUGUCAGCUCAUGAAAACAGAACGACCAAAGCCAAACACAUUUAUUAUCAGAUGCCUCCAGUGGACAACUGUUAUAGAACGAACAUUUCAUGUGGAUACUCCAGAGGAAAGGGAAGAAUGGACAGAAGCUAUCCAGGCUGUAGCAGACAGACUUCAGAGGCAAGAAGAGGAAAGGAUGAACUGUAGUCCAACUUCACAAAUUGACAAUAUAGGAGAAGAGGAAAUGGAUGCUUCUACAACUCAUCAUAAAAGAAAGACAAUGAAUGAUUUUGACUAUUUGAAACUAUUGGGUAAAGGCACUUUUGGGAAAGUGAUUUUGGUUCGAGAGAAAGCAAGUGGAAAAUAUUAUGCUAUGAAGAUUUUGAAGAAAGAAGUAAUUAUUGCAAAGGAUGAAGUGGCACACACUCUAACAGAAAGCAGAGUAUUAAAAAACACUAGGCAUCCUUUUUUAACAUCCUUGAAAUAUUCUUUCCAGACAAAAGAUCGUUUGUGUUUUGUGAUGGAGUAUGUUAAUGGAGGAGAGCUGUUUUUCCAUUUGUCGAGAGAGCGGGUGUUCUCUGAGGACCGCACACGCUUCUAUGGUGCAGAAAUUGUCUCUGCUUUGGACUAUCUACAUUCUGGAAAGAUUGUGUACCGUGAUCUCAAGUUGGAAAAUUUGAUGUUGGAUAAAGAUGGCCACAUAAAAAUUACAGAUUUUGGUCUUUGCAAAGAAGGGAUUACAGAUGCAGCUACAAUGAAGACAUUUUGUGGUACACCUGAAUACCUUGCACCUGAGGUGUUAGAAGAUAAUGACUAUGGCCGUGCAGUGGACUGGUGGGGUUUAGGGGUUGUCAUGUAUGAAAUGAUGUGUGGGAGAUUACCAUUCUACAACCAGGAUCAUGAGAAACUUUUUGAGCUAAUACUAAUGGAGGACAUUAAAUUUCCUCGAACUCUUUCUUCUGAUGCAAAAUCCUUACUUUCAGGACUCUUAAUAAAAGAUCCAAAUAAACGCCUUGGUGGAGGUCCGGAUGAUGCAAAAGAAAUUAUGAGGCACAGUUUCUUUGUUGGAGUAAAUUGGCAAGAUGUAUAUGAUAAAAAGCUGGUACCUCCUUUUAAACCUCAAGUAACGUCUGAGACAGACACCAGAUAUUUUGAUGAAGAAUUUACAGCUCAAACAAUUACAAUAACACCACCUGAAAAAUAUGACGAAGAUGGUAUGGACUGCAUGGACAAUGAGAGGCGGCCACAUUUUCCACAGUUUUCCUACUCAGCAAGUGGACGAGAAUAAUCUUGAAUUCUGCUGCAUCACUGUCAUCCUAGGUUUAUUAUCAGAAAUGAAUCCUGGGCAUCACCACCAGUACUAGCUAUUCGCUAAGAUAGCAGGAGCACUUUCAGACGUCGUCCCAAAUUGAACGAGAUCCUUCAUCCCUUUCCACUCUUUUCUCUUCGUCCCUGCCCUCGUGCCCUUGCUCCCUCGCUGACCUUCUCUUACACACCCUCUCACAGGCACGUGUGC